CGUGCAGCAGAAGAACAGGGAGGGCUCCUCUGUUUAUCCCCAGUGAUCGGUGAAGAUGGCACAGACUACUCAAGAAGAAACUGGACCCAUCUGGUGAUACAUAGCCCACCCUGGGGCCAACAACUUACUUCGCUGUGCCCCCUUGGAGUACCUGGGUGCCCUUCUUGAAUGAUGUAAGAGGUAUAAGGACACGUAAGAACAGAUCCAGCAGCAGGAAAGGGUGUGUGUGUAGGGAAGCCUGCAGAAGUGACACAUCAGGAAUCUACCCUGAGUCACUUUGUAUAUGAAGAGUCCUGACAACUUGGAUCCGUAGGUCUUUGAGGCAUGACUCCUUGCUUCCCGGGAUAGCCUGGAUAGAAGACCAGAUCAUGUGAGUCCCCAGGCAGGAGCUCCACACCAUGAUCAAGCGAGAUGGGUAUGAAGGGAGACAGGUGAAGCCAGUGAUCCGCACCAGCAUUGCCCUUUGUAUCUUCUUGAUCUGGACCACAGAGGUCUCUGCCCUGGCCGACUUCUCAGGGUAUCUGACAAAACUGCUGCAGAACCACACUGUGUCCGCCUGUGACGGGGAACACCUGAUGCUCCAGUGCCCUCGCCACUCCACCGUCAGCAUCCAGUCAGCGUCCUAUGGGCGUCCUUCACAUAACCCUCCAAAGUGUGCCUCGUUAUCACCAGAAACCAUGUACAGUCCACAUCACAAGUGCCUCGCAAAAACUGCACUACAGAAAGUCCUGGAUGAAUGCCAGAAUCUGAGAUCCUGCCAGCUCCUUGUGAAUAGUCGUGUUUUUGGGACAGACCCAUGCCCAGGCAUAACCAAGUACCUUUUGGUGACCUACAAGUGCAAACCCACUGAAUACAAAUCCACAUCUGUCUGUGAAAACCACGAGCUGAAGCUUCACUGCAAAGAGCCAAAGUUACUCAAUAUCUACUCCGCUGUCUACGGCAGGUUUGCCAAUGAAAAGAACCCUUGUACCAAUGAUUUGGACCGAGGGACCCCAUAUGACUGUGUAUCGUAUUCCGCCCUGAACAUUCUGGCACAGAGGUGUUACGGGAAACAAAGAUGCAGAAUGGUGGUCCACGAUAAACAUUUCGGAAGUCCCUGUCUGCCUGGAGUCGUCAAAUAUCUUACUGUAAAUUAUACUUGUGUUCCAAAUAUCAUACUGAAAGAGGUUGACCCCAAGGUCUCUUAUGUAAUGCCCCCUACGAAGCUGAACGAUGGUAAAUACGAUAUCAAACCUGACCUCUCAGAAUCGCGGCUUCCCAGCAAGGACGGACUCUUCUUCAGUGACCUUCUUGCAGCGUAUUCCUAUGUAAGAGAUCAUCCAGAAAGGGCGUCCUUAUUCUUUGUGUGCAGUCUUUGCAUCGGAUUGAUCGUCACGCUUUUCGCAUUAGUGAUCCAUAUCUCUUGGAGGAAGGACUGUCGUAAGUACCAGAAAGUGAACGGACAAAUUGUGCAAGGGAUAGACUGUGAAGAGACGGAUGGAGACAGCAGUGAGGAGGAGGAAGGAGAGGACGAAGCUUCAACCAAGUCUCACUUUUCCCAAGAGUUCCGUGAGUUAUGCAAAACGUCCCGUCCCGUCCAUUGCACAGAAGACGCUGCAGACCUCGCGGAACGCAUAGAACGUCGAGAACAAAUCAUUCACGAAAUCUGGUUGAACAGUGGACUAGACAUCCCCCCUAGUCGAUUUACAGUCCCGUUUUUUUAAUGAGUUUAUGUAUGAGUUCUAGGGGCAGAUCCCAGGAGCUGUGGGCCUAUGCUCUGCCGCUCUUUACCCGAUAAUACUCUUCUGUGAAGGGAAAUGUAUUUUAUUAAGAAGGAAAGGGCAGAAUUCUACUUUUUAACUAUGGAGACGUGUGACAUAAGAGCUUGUUUUUAUUUUUCUACGGAUUAAUAUUUAUCAGUGUAAACUUAUUCAGAGAUAUAAGGAGGAGAGAGAAUUAUAUUCUGUAUGGAUGAAACCUUUUACUUCUAAUUAAAGCUGUAGCAUCACCUAAAGGGCAA